AUGUCCAUUUUAGAACCAUCUACCCAUACAAAUAUCCCAGAUCAUACAAAUACCAAAAAUCAAGAAUCCACCAAUGAUGUUGAAAUCAAAUGUACUAUUGCAUUAGAUACAUUUGAAGAUACCCUUCCAUUAGCUGCUGAAGAUCCUGAACCAAGAGAAACUGAAGACGGUGAAGCUUAUGAUCCAUUGCAUCAAAAAUUAAGAGCUGAAAACUUUGCAUUAGCUCAAACUGGUUCAAAUAUAUUAAUUGUCGGUGCUACAGGUUUAGUUGGUUCAAGACUUGUAAAAUUCAUUAAAAGAGUUAAAGCUGAUAAUCAAGUCAUUUUUGUUUUAGCUCGUCGUGCUUUUGUUCAAGAAUGUCCAGGUGUUAUUGUUAACAUUGUUGAUUCUGCUUUGUGGGGUGAAGAAAUUGCCAAAAUUCCAAACUUAACAACUGUUUAUUGUGCACUUGGUGCUAGACCUCCAAAUGGUGGCUAUUUAUCAGAAGCUUCUAUACCAGUUAAUGAGUAUUAUUCAGUCAACCACAAUAUUGUUCAUCAAGUUGGAUUUGCUGCUAAACGUGCUGGUGCCAAAAGAUUCAUCUAUACAAGUAAUCACUCCGUUCAAUCCCCAAUUGCCAGAAUUUUUGAUAGAAGAACCAAGAUGAGAAGAGAAAUUGAAAACGAUCUUAUAAGCUUAGACUUUGAUAAUGUUACCAUAUUAAGACCAGGUCCUUUAGUUGGUAUGAGAUUAAAAGCUGGUAGUUUAACUGGUAUUAACUGGCAAAGUCUUCCAGAAGGACUUAUGAUUUUAUCUGCUUUACCAGUCUACUUCAUCCAUCCAUAUACCCCAUUGGCAAUCGUUAAUUUUGGUACUAGUGUUGGUAAAACAGGUGCCAUGUUAUUAAAAGCUGAAUCAACUAACAAGGUUAAUUACAUUUAUCUUUGUCAAGUUAUCCUUGGUGCUGCUGCUUACAAUGCUUUUAAAUCUGAAAGAUUGAUGGUGUCAUUAUAUAAAUUUUUAGAACAAUUUACAACUGAUGAAGAAGAACCCGUGAAUGAAGAACAGCCAGCAAAUGAAGAGGAAGUCAAUGAAGAAUUAGGUAAUAAUGUUAACGGAUCGGAUGAAACUCAACAAUAG